UUUGGCUCCUGGAGCAAGAAGUGAACACACUAUAUAAACGCAACAGGCAGCCACAGUCUCCGAUUCUGCUUUUCUUCAUCAUCACAACUUUGGGAGGGAAUACAAUCUACUACCAUGAACAAACUGUUGGUUGUCACUGUGCUGUUUGCACUCCUUGCCAUUAGUGCUGAAAGCUUCCGUAUGCCGAGGCAGGCCGAGGAUGAGGAUCAGGGCACCCUGACCAUGAUUAGCGGCAAAGUCAAGUCGUGCUACAACAACGUGAUCAACACAGCCUCUGACUACAUGGAGAGUUUUAAAGGCCUGAAGCUGGAUGAGAAAAUCAAGGACUUUUACACGGAAACUAGCACGGUUUUGAGCACCUACAAUGGAAUCUUCCAGGACCAGGUCUAUCACCUCUUUUACCCCCAAGACUCAUAAAUCCUCAAUGACCACAGCAAAACUCUGACGGACUUGACGCUUUAACAACAGUGAAGACAAAGACAUGAGAAAACCACCCAACAGUAUUGUCAUCCCACGCCCCCCAGAGGCCAUACCACAAACCACAGAAGUAUUUGUCAUGCCUUGAAAUAUUAAAAGUAUUUAUACAAAGAAAAA